AUGCUGACGGCCACGAAGCCUACAGCCCCAAAAUUUGCAUUUAAGAAGAAGAAGAAAGUGAAGGAUGACCCACAGCCUUUAAUCAAAUACGAUGAUCCAGAUUUGAAGGUCGUGAUUCGACUCCUUCCUCCUAACUUAACAGAGGAAGCUUUCCUUCGACAAAUACCAUUUGGUAAUGAAAAAUCGCCAUUGGAGAUAACUGGCCUCUCAAGGUUCUUUUACCAAACUGGUAGCCCGUCCUUGAAGCCUUUCGAAGAGCCCAGCUUCUCACGAGCUUACUUCCUCUUCCAAAACAAGGAAGCAGCAAAUGCCUUCAGAACUAAAAUGCAACAUGUGGUUAUCGAGGACUCUGACUCAGGCGAUCAAGUUAAAUGUGAGAUGAUGAAACCAAUCUUUGGUGAAGUUAUCGAAACUUCUCAAAAGCCUGGCCUAGGGAAGAUCGAACAGGAACCGUUAUUCAAGAAGUUCACUGCUUUACGUGCCGCCUCAACGGAAGUGGAUUUGAUUAAAAUGAUACGAGCUGUUCACUCUGAAGAGAAUAGAAAGAGACGAGAAAAGAACAAAAAGAAGAAAGCAGCAGCCGCUGUCGUCAAUGCUGAGAAGGACAAAACCGUACAAAGCGAGACUCCAACUGCCCCUGCUAUAAACGAACCAAAGCCACAACCCGCAUCAGACAACAAGCCGGGAAGCAGCAACGAAGGCAAGAAGGACAAGAAGAAGCCAUCAAAGAAAUCCGACAAGAUCAAUGACCAGAAAAAGAAGGAAACGAUACCUCCCAAAAAGAGCGCUUCUACGAAUGGUCCGAAACCUCAAGCUCAGCCAAAGAAGACCACGGAAGGGAAGAAACCGGGUGCUGAGCCUUCAAAGCCAAAAAGCAAAGAGAACAAACCCCACAAAUCCAAGAAAGCUGGUCCAAAACACGACAACUCUGGUACUAAUACGGCUCAGCGGGCUGCAACGGAAGAGAAAAAAGUCACAAAAGCUACGAAAGCUGCCAAGAAGAGCAGCUGA